AUGUGUCUCAAUCAGCUGGCCAAGAAAUCAAGGGUGACGUCACACAGGAAAGACCACUGCUACGAGGACCACUGUUACGAGAACCACUGCUACGAGGACCACUGUUACGAGAACCACUGUUACGAGAACCACUGUUACGAGGACCACUGCUACGAGGACCACUGUUACGAGAACCACUGCUACGAGGACCACUGUUACGAGAACCACUGUUACGAGAACCACUGUUACGAGGACCACUGCUACGAGGACCACUGUUACGAGGACCACUGUUACGAGAACCACUGUUACGAGAACCACUGUUACGAGGACCACUGCUACGAGGACCACUGUUACGAGGACCACUGCUACGAGAACCACUGUUACGAGGACCACUGCUACGAGGACCACUGUUACGAGGUCCAUAACAUAACACGACAACAAACGACAACAAAUUAA